UCUCUCUAAUGUGCCAAAUUCCUCUGCAGAAGAUAAUAGCAAUCAGAGGUUGGUGUCUUCACAAGAGUACCCUCAGAUGUCUGCUGAAGGUAAAGAAGGAAACCAAAGGAUGAGCAUGAAGAGAAAGCGCCCAUUGGACAAUGAGAAAGUUCUGGAGAAAAGAGAGAUAGCAUAUGAUGAGAGUCUUGUUGGUUCCAAGGUCAAAGUUUGGUGCCCAUGGAAUAGUGUUUUUUAUGAAGGUGUAAUAGAAUCCUUCGAUCAUGUUAAAAAGAAGCACAAGGUUUUAUACACUAGAGGAGAUGAAGAAGAACUGAAUCUUAGGAAGGAACAAUGGGAAAUUGUAAGCAAUAAUUUAAUAGGAGAAACGAUUAGUGUUGCAGAAAACAUUGAGAUGGGUUUUGAGUGUACUAUUGGAGCCAUAGAUGCCGCGCGAGCCAACAAACAACAGGUGGUUGAAACAGAGCAUUUAAUGAAAGCCCUUCUGGAGCAGAAGGAUGGGUUAGCUCAGAGAAUAUUCACUAAGGCUGGGCUGGAUAACACAUCAGUUUUGCAAGCCACAGAUACAUUUAUAUCUCAACAGCCUAAGGUGACUGGUGAUACUAGUGGUCCCAUUAUUGGGCCCCAUCUCUACUCUCUCUUAGAAAAUGCAAAAAAACAUAAGAAAGAAAUGGGUGAUUCCUAUGUUUCUGCAAAGCACUUGUUGUUAGCUUUAUACUCAGACACAAGAUUCGGCCAGCAACUAUUUAGAACUCUGCAACUUAGUGAGAAAUCUUUAAAGGAAGCUAUCGAAGCUGUACGUGGAAAUCAGAGAGUAACUGACCAAAAUCCAGAGGGAACGUUCCAGGUACUUGAGAAAUAUGGGAUUGACAUGACUGAACUGGCCAGGCAAGGCAAACUUGAUCCAGUGAUUGGUCGGGAGGAUGAAAUACAGUGUUGCAUUCAAAUUUUGAGUCAGAGGACAAAAAACAAUCCUGUUAUUAUUGGUGAGCCCGGUGUUGGAAAAACUGCAAUUGCUAGGGGGUUGGCACAGCGGAUUAUCCAAGGAGAUGUUCCUGAACCUCUCGUGAAUCGGAAGUUGAUAUCAUUGGAUAUAAGUUCACUGCUUGCUGGCUCCAAGUUCCGUGGAGAAUUUGAGGAAAGAUUAAAAGUUGUAUUAAACAAUGUAAUUGCUUCAAAUGGGCAGAUUAUAAUAUUUAUUGAUGAGAUCCACACUGUUGUUGGUGCAGGUGGUACCGGUGGGGCAAUGGAUGCUGGAAAUUUACUGAAAUCAAUGCUUGGUCGUGGUGAACUUAGAUGUAUUGGAGCAACUACACUGAAUGAAUAUAGGAAGUGCAUUGAGAAAGACCCUGCUUUAGAACGUAGGUUUCGAAAAGUAUACUGUGGCCAACCAUCUGUGCAAGAUACAAUUUCCAUUCUUCGUGGGUUGCGAGAACAGUACGAGUUGCAUCAUGGGGUCAAAAUAUCUGACAGUGCCCUUGUAUCAGCAGCGGUUAUUGCAGAAAGAUAUGUUACCGAGCAUUUUUUUACCAGAAAAAGGUAUGCGGCGGCUGCAAAACUUGCAAAGGCCCUUGCUGCUUACCUUUUCGACACAGAAAAUGCUCUCGUGCGGAUUGAUAUGAACGAGCAUAUGGAAAAGCUUUCGGUUUCACAUUUAGUUAGUGCGCUGCCAGAAGUGGUCCAACGGAGGCCUUAUUCAGUGGUGCUAUUUGAUGAAAUUGACAAGGCACAUCAUGAUGUCUUCAACAUUCUGUUACAAGUGUUGAAUGAUGGAAGAAUAAUAGACUCCCAUGGGAGGAGUGUUAGCUUCACAAACACUGUUGUGAUACUGACAGCAAACAUUGGUUCACAACCCAUUAUUGACACUCUUCAAAUCCAGCAAGGUAGUAAAGAGGCAGUUUACGAAUUCAUGAAAAAACAGGUUGUUGACUUAGCAAGACAGAGUUUUCGGCCUGAGUUCAUGAAUCGAAUUGACGAGUACGUUGUUUUCCAACCUCUGGACGUGAACCAAGUUAGCCGAAUUGUUGAAAUUCAGAUGAAGAGGCUAAUAGAUGGACUGAAACAGCAGAAAAUGAAGCUUCAUUGCACGGAUAAAGCUGUGAGGUUUGUGGCAAAUAUGGGGUUUGACCCUCGAUUUGGUGGCUGGGCUGUGAAGCGGGUGAUUCAACAAAUGGUUGAGAAUGAAGUUGCAUUGCGAGUGUUGAAGGGAGAGUUUAAGGAGGAUGAGACGAUUGUGGUGAAUGUCCAUAUAAACCCACCAAAUGCGAAGCAUUCCCCUUCAGCAAGCAUGUUGAUCAUCAACAAAUUUGAAAAUGUUUGUGCAGUGGCAGUGGAAGAAGCAGCCCUGGAUGAUUGCACAGGAAUAGCAAGAGCAGAGAAAAGAAAAAGAAAGAGAGUGAGGAAAAGGAUGCACAGAGCAGAUGGAGAAAACACACAGAAAACAAAUCUCAUCAUCCUCUGA